CGUCAGCUGUUUCUCUGCUGUCCUGCAGUGUCCGUAUUUUUGUAACUGAAAGUGUGAAAAACUGACUCCGUUGCAAUGGAAAAUCGGAUUUCGGGGAUCACUUCAGCUUGGAAAGCAUAGGACAUUUUACAGUCCCACUCAAAUUAACCAAGGACACGGAAUUAAACGUCUCUGCUUGGUAACUACAUUUUUAUUUUCGGAUGGGAUGGAAGGACACUUCUGCGCAAGGGACUCAUUUAUGCAGUGGCUAGCAGCUAAUGUGCAAAUGCUAACUAUAAAAACAAUCAGCUAGCUACAAGAAGCGAUUUGCAUGAACGUCAGCGGAUAGGUUGACUUGUUUAGCAUAUACAAAUGCAUUCCGACAGCUUAUUGUAAUUUGUGUAUUUUACUAAAUCGAAUCACUUAAAAUUGAUUAAUGGAUAGUUUACAAGCUAGCGAGUCGAUUUAGCUAACUAGCUAGCUAUGGACAGUUGCUGUUCUUGUGUUAGCUGACACGCUAAGGUUAGCUAUCCAAUUAGAUCAACAUAACACUUGUCUUUGAAAAUGUGUUGACUCGUAUUUAAUGGUAGUCAAUGCUAUAACGUUUCCCCUAGUAUGGGAAAUAUAUCCCUGCAAGCUAACGGUAACUUACUAGCUAGUUGAUGGGUUGAGAUGUGACUUGACUUCCCAAUUAAGAUGUAGCACGAGACAGCUGAAAGUUAGUUUGCUUGCUAGCUCAGCUCAUUCCUCACAGGAAAUAUUGUAUUUGGACAUUUAUUGCAUGAGGGGGUGCCCAACAAGUCAGGCAAUCAUGUCUAGUAAAGCCAUGACUAAAGAGAAGAAAUCUGGUAGCUUCAGCAAGAAACUCUUCAGACGAGGCUCUGUGCGCUCCGUGGGUAGUUUUAUGGGCAGAGUCCUCAGGACCCUGUCAACCUUGUCCCAUUUUGGAUCAGAUGGGCAUGCUAUUGAARGUGACAAAGACGAUGGGGGUUUCACAWUAUUCAAAACUGGAGGCAAARAUUCACCAGCUUUGGAUGAUAGUGACCGUUUCCUCGGAGAGAAGGUCCCUGGAGUGUCUGGUCUCAAAAACCAUGGUAACACUUGUUUCAUGAAUGCCAUCCUCCAGUGCCUGAGUAACACUGAACUCUUUGCUGAGUAUUUGGCACUGGAACAAUACCGGGGAGUCGAGGAAACGGAUGAGGAGAAGGAGAAACYRAAGACAAACGGUGUGCAUUUGGGGAGGAAGGGCCCUCAUGACAGAGGUGAGGUGACAGAGCAGCUGUCUGGACUGGUCCGGGCCCUGUGGACAUUUGAAUACACCCCACAGCACAGCAGGGAGUUCAAAAAUGCUGUCUCAAAGAGUGCUUUGCAGUAUAAAGGCAAUGCUCAGCAUGACGCCCAGGAGUUUCUGCUCUGGCUUCUGGACAGGGUACAUGAAGACCUCAACAACCAUCCCAAYAACAGGCCUUCCAUUAAGCCACCAGUGGAAGAGGAUGAUGGGGGUCUAGAGGGGCCUUCUCUUCCACUCUCUACCGGUUCAUUUGUGCAAGAGCUAUUUCAGGCCCAGUACAGGUCGUCGCUCACCUGCCCGCAUUGCCAAAAACAGAGCAACACCUUUGAUCCUUUCCUUUGCAUCUCCCUGCCCAUCCUCUUACCUCACACAAGGCCUCUGUAUGUGACAGUGGUCUACCAGGGGAAGUACUCUCACUGUAUGAGGAUCGGAGUGGCCGUGCCCCUGAACAGCACCGUGUCCAGACUCCGAGAUGCUGUGUCACGUGAGACCAAGAUCCCCCUGGACCAGUUUGUUUUGACGGAGAUGUACUACGAUGGUUUCCACCGCUCCUUCUGUGAUGACGACGACGAUCUCGAUAUCAUUCAGGAGAGCGAUUCCAUCUUUGCCUUUGAGACGCCUGAGACCUUCAGACUAGAGAACAUUCGAACCAAGAGAGGGAGUCUCCUUGCCAACCUGAACCAGAACAACUUAAAGUUUGGGAGUGAGAUGAGCAGGACUUCGUCUUUCAUGCAAGGAGCUGUGAAUCCUGCCACUCCGUCGGCCAUUAAGAACACAGGGGCCGACAAGAUGGUCCUGCUGAUCUGUAACCGAGCUUGUACCGGUCACCAAGGGAGGAGGUUUGGUCUUCCAUUUGUACUGUACAUGGAUCGCACUGUGACCUGGGAUAUCCUGCAGAAGGAGAUCCUGGAGAAGAUGCAUCACCUGCUCAGGCCAGGAGUUUACAUUCAGGUGGGGCCCUUCAGCCUACGAGUGGUUGGUGUGGUUGGCAUCACGUACCUUCUGCCCCAAGAGGAGCAGCCUCUCUGUCACCCAACAGUGGAAAGAGCGUACAAGUCCUGUGGCCAGGGGGGACCGCCGCACGUCAAGAUAGUGGUGGAGUGGGACAAAGAGACCAAGGAUUAUCUGUUUGGGCUCACUGAGGAAGAGUACAUCCCUGAUGCUGAGAGUGUAUAUCUGCACAGAGAGCAACACCAUCAGCCCCAGGCCUGCACCCUCGCUCAGUGCCUCCAGCUCUACACCAAAGAGGAGCAGCUGGCCCCGGAUGAUGCCUGGCGCUGCCCCCACUGCAAGCAGCUGCAGCAAGGCCACAUCAAGCUCAGCCUGUGGACCCUGCCUGAUGUGCUCAUACUGCACCUCAAGAGGUUCAGACAGGAGGCUGACAGGAGGGUGAAGAUGCAGAACAUGGUGCGGUUCCCUCUGCUUGGCAUGGACAUGGCUCCUCACAUGGUGAAGAGGUCCCAGAGCAGCUGGAGCCUGCCCUCUCACUGGUCACCAUGGAGACGACCCUACGGCCUGGGGCGUAACCCUGACGACUACCUGUACGACCUGUACGCCGUCUGCAAUCACCACGGAAACAUGCAUGGAGGCCACUACACAGCUUACUGUAAGAACUCUGUUGACGGCCAGUGGUACUGCUUUGACGACAGUGAGGUCCAGCCCGUCGCUGAUGAUGAUGUGUGUCAGCAGACGGCCUACAUCUUGUUCUACCAGAGGAGGAACACGAUCCCCUCCUGGUCCGCCAACAGCUCCGUAGCAGGCUCCACCAGCUCAUCUCUGUGUGACCACUGGGUGAACCGUCUCCAAGGCAGCAGGCCAGCCAGCCUGGCUUCCGGGGCCUCCUCCAGACGCACCUCUCUGGCCUCCCUGGGCGAGUCGGUGGAGUUCACCACAGGGGACCGCAGCGAAGAUGACGGUGGAUUUUCGACCCGUCCCUUUGUUCGGAGCAUCCAGCRUCAGAGCUUGUCWUCCAGGUCAUCCAUUKCCAGUCCUCUGGCYUUCAGUGAKAACAGCAUGAAGCCCUCCUGGUCCCUSUCUGCCAAGCUCCAUAUGAGGUCYAACUCCCCCUCACGCUUCUCCCUGGACUCACGYUCYUCUCCCCCYUUGGAGAGGAUAGGAGARAGGGGAGAGGCCUGUGAUGACAAGGUAUCCACGUCUUGCUUCGGUAGCUACAGCCGGCACGAGCGCUACCCUGGUGGCAGGGCCCCCUUGGCCAUGAUGGAGGGGAACAGCACCGACCAGGACCAUGGCAGGAGGAUCCUAGACGAAGUCUACUGCAGGGCCCCCACGCCGGCCGAUAAGAAGAGCUCCAAGAGUGACCYGACGGACAACAACAACCAGAUAACAGCCCUGGACCAAAAYRCACAAGCCCCCCUGUCGAAAGAGCAGAAACGCAAGAGCAGCACCGCYGGAUCUGCCCYRAAGUUAGAGAGCGCCGGGUCCAAAAAGAGUUCCAUCAAGUCUGAGCCAGAGAAAAACUCCAAGAAGCGCCAGUGUUCGUCCUCCACCCCCAAAUCCUCUACAUCCCAAAUGUCUUCCAGCCCUGUGGUGAAGGGCCCCAAGGUGACCAACUCUAAAGACAAGACCACCAGCAGYGGCASCGCUACGCCCGCCAGGACCCCGUCCAAAAAGAAMGAGUCUUUGUCUUCCARGGGUCCUGACUCGGCAGMUGGAACCCCCCAGCGCAAGCAGCGCAUCUCCACGCCGCUGUCCUCCGCUUCCCCCUCCCCCACYGUAAAGAAGAGUGCCUCUGGCCUUGAGAAGACMACCUCUGGWCGGAAGAAGCUGCUGGAGAGGAGCUGCAGUCGGGACUCGGGGUUGGUAAGCCCUCUGGUUGAUAGACCACGCUGGGGCAGCAACGCUGCAGCCAGGACCCCCACCAARACUGCUGCGGAGGGGGUCCRUCCAGAGAGGAGGUUUUUGCGGAGUUCCAUCAGCAGCUCCUCUGUCACCAGCCUGCGCUCCCCCAGYGUYUCCURCAGGGRCCCUAGGCACAGCAGCAAGUCAGAGGACAAGGGCCUGUCGUUCUUCAAGAACGCCCUGCGCCAGAGAGAGUCCCGCCGGUCGGCCGAUCUGGGUAARACCAGCAUCCUGGCCAAGAAGGCCUCUGAGAGGACAGCCAGGCUGAGCGUUCAGGAGGGGGAUGGGUCGGCCARUGCCUCAGAGCAUCAUGUGAACGAGGUUGUCACUGAGGUAAAGGAGUCCUCCAAGCCCUCCACCCCAGUCAGACGCUCUCUGUUACCUGUUAUAGGCAAAUCCAAGUCUUCCACUUCUGAAUCCAGUCUUAAUUCUCCCCCCAAUGGGAAAAAGCCUCUUGAGAAGCAGGCGUCCUCCAGAAAGCUUUCUGCCAGCAUGCAAUCUUCUGCACGCCCAACACAGAAGCCUCAAUGACAUCAUAUAUCGAUAGCAGUCUCAUUGUUUUAUGUACGCAGCAAUUUUUUUUCCAUGUGCCUAAGAUAUAAAUAUAUAUAGAUUGAGAGAGUAUAUAAUAUAUAUAUGUACUUGUAUUUUUCUUUUCAUAAGCRAGAUGUAAAUGAUCAAAAGCGCCUUUCUAUCCUGUCAUGGAACCAAAUCAUUGCCUUCGGCAAAGUAUGUUAUUAGUCUACUACUGUACGCAAAACUGAAUAGGAAUGUUUUAAGAUAGCACUUUGUAAAUACAGUAUGGAAUAUUUUUCUCCAGAACAACGCUAUACAGUAACUUAGUAAACAAAAAGUCUAUUACUGUCAAUUUUUUAUGUAUUACUUUUACUUGGUUUAAAACGGUCACGUGAAACUAAAGUAGCGGGUCUAGGACUUGACAUUUAAGGCUGUAAGUGUACACUAGUCUUAAGAUAGUUUGUGGAGUAGUCUAAAAUAUUACUCCUUUUCUACACCUGGUGCUGUUCAAAGGGCAAUACUGGCACUGUUUGAAAUAUUUAAAAUGCUGAGGUUUUGAAAUAUAAAAAAACUAUCUAUGUCAGGGGUCGGCAACAGGCGUCCUGUGGCGCGAAACCGGACAGGAAGUGAUUUUUUUUGGGGGGGUUGUGGGACUGCCCAAGGUUUUUAGUAUAAACAAAUAUAUGUAUAUAUUUUGGGAAUUAAGUUUUUGGUCAAAAAUAUGUGUUUAGUAUAGGAAGUAUUUUCUUGACAAAAAAAAAAAA